AGUUCACGUCCGUCCAUGUCCAUUCUGAAGAGAAACUUAAUUUUUGAUAAAAUUGUGAUACCCGAGAAAAUAGCCAUUCGCCUACUUAACUCAUCGGAAGUCACCGCGGAGCAGUUCUACAAGCACAUCCUCGAACAGUAUCGCAUCCAUAACCAACUGCAGCAGCAGCGCCAGCAGUUCCUGCAGAAACAGCACCUUCAGCUGCAGCAGCUGGAGGCGAACAACCGCUUCCAGGAGAUCUUUGCCACGGCCACCAUCAUUCAGGCCCAUCCGCAUCCCCAUCCCCGGGAGCCGCUCAAGAAGCCCCUUUUCGUCCCCUCGGCUAACAACAGCAGCAGCAGCAGCAACAGUGGCAGUGGCAGCGUCAGCGGCAGCGACCUUGGACCCUUCCGCAUGGAGCCACCCGCCUCGCAGCCAUCCAACAUGGAGGAUAUGGUUAAGGGUGCCACCACUGGCCAUCAUCUGCCCAUGCUGCUGGACACCUCGCCGCCGGCGGACAGCACCGGCAUGGGGCACAUAAAGCGCAAGACACAUCGCGGCCACUACAAGCACCAUCGGGCGCGUGCCGGCGGCUCGAAGAAGCUGACCUCCAGCUCAGGCAUGGGUGGCGGUUCCAUGUCAAGCAGCACCACGUCUACGGGCGAGCAGCUGGCUGCCACGGCUGCGGCACCAGUGCCCCAUGGCUACAUGGACACGCCGCUAAAUCCGGCGGCCGGCACCAUAGUGCAGCAGCCACAGCUGCAGCUGUACACCUCGAUGCCGAUACCAUUGAUCCUCAGUCCCAGCGAGGAGAAGCGGCCCUCGCACCAUGCCCACAACCAUGCGCAUGGCGAGCGUCGAGGUGGGGCGCAGGCACGCAAGCGGACCACCACCGCCUCUGUUUCUGGCUACGACUCCCAGACCUACCUCAAUCCGUUCCUCACCGGCGAGCUGAUCUUUGAGAAGUAAGCGGCGCCGCUCAGACCACAUCAACUUCCUGGUUUUACUCCAUUUUUGUACUUACAAAUACAUACAUAUAGAGGAAAGACGAAUACACUAUAUAUACAUAUAUACAUACAUAUAUGUAUAUGUAUAUCUGAAUAGUUGGCCAAUGAUUGUUCCAAACUAGAGAACUACAUAACUUAGAGAAGAGGAUCACAACUUCAGAUAGAUGAUCGGUACUACAUGCAUACACACACAUACAUAUAUACAAGAGAUAUAUACAUACAUAUAAAGAUGAUCCAGGCAAAAUACUAUAUAGAGGAUAUAGAGAAUAUUAUAAUGAAUAAUGUUACGUACUUCAAGCAGAUAGUUGAAACAAUACUAGUUACGAAUGUUAGUUGAUGUACCCCACACUUGAACCGCACACACACACACACACACACACACACACACACACACACACACACACACACUCACACAUUCAGCGAGAGACCAUACGGACACGCGCAUUAUACGGGACCCACUUCAGUAGUCGAUCGAUAUAUACAUAUAUCACAAAGAUCUCACCAGCAGCGGCCAGCUAUAGCUAUAGCUCCAGCUCAAGGCUCAAGGCUCACCAGCAAAACUCACCCCACCUAGGACACUGCUUCCAGGCAGCUAGCGAAUGCUACUCCAACUACAAUAAAUAGCUAACUUUAGAGAGAGAUAGAUAGAGCGAGAGAGAGAGAGUAGUAGUACCCAGAAAAUACUAAACCCUACCCUACCAAAACAUAAAGAUACAGUGGCAAAAAAUAUCAUGUUAAAAUGAGAAAAAAGAAGCACCUCAAAUCUCACCUCACGCGAAGCGGGUUCUGCUUUGGCACCACCCACCACCCCCCCUAGGAUCGAUUGAGAUCGGUUAUACUCGUAUGCAUAUAGAACAUGCACCCAUACAUAUAUACAAAUACAUUCUAGGAAUACGUAUAGUCGUUCCGGCUUGAAAAUACAGAUAUAGAACAGAAUACAGAACAGAAGAUAAGGCACGGGGGUGUCUUAACGUGACCCCACUCCCAGCUCUAAGACAUAUUUGCAUACCCCAAACACACAAGCUAUAUACCACAUACAUACUAUAUAUACACAUAACCGAUUUCGGACGUGACCGUUCUAUUCAUAUAAUACCCAUAAUGACAACACACUCAGCACUAAAAAAAAAAAAAAAACUAAAAAUAAUAUGAACGAUGAACUGCAUCCGCAUCCAAAGACACGAGAAUUGAACUCUCACGAGCAAUAAACUAAUUACAAACGAUAUGCAUACGAUAUAGAAUUGAAUCUGUAACUGAAAACUGCGGCAUAUACCCGCAUACAUACAUACAUACAUACUAUAUAUGUAUAUCUUAUAUACCGCAUAUAUGUAUCUUAUAUAUGUAUACCAAACAAAAAACAAAUACAAUACAAAGUCAUUUUGGCAAUAAUAAAGCAUAGCAAUCCAAAGGUAAA